CCUGACGACAUACCCAGCACCACCUUCCCCAGCCUUACACUACCUUAGUACUUGAUCCUAUCGCAACCGGCACUUACGAAUACACAGGUGGCCCCUGACAGCGCUCGCUCGGCGCGGCAGGCAGGCUUCCCUGCCUCUCAUUCAUCUCUGUGUGGCAUAUGACGUGCCGUUCAUCUCGGCGCACCCUGCAACCUCACAAACACAAACACACACUAACACAUAUACACACACAUACACACACAGCAUACGCACUCUCUUACUAAUAUAUGCAUUUGAAGGCCAUUCAGCCCCUGCCGCCGAAACUUACCUUGCGUCCCGAUCCUGCAAGGUCAUCAUCCGUCAUGGAGCUCGACGCCGAGAUGCGGGAGUGGUUACGGGGCGAGACUGUCGCCCUCGUGCGGGCCGGCAUCCUCAACAUGCCCGAGGCCUGGAUGAGGGAGUAUGCCGACCAGCCCGAGGUCGAGGUCAAAGAACGGAAGCACCCUUGCCGCAACUGUCUCUCCCUCUCGCACAAGACGUCCAGCUGCGGCGAGUGCUGCGCCCACUGCGGCCAGGACUGGCACAUCAUCGACGCCUGCACGAGCUCCAAGCGCAACCGCUGCCGCUGCCGCCCGUUCCCGCAGACGCACCUCGUCAAGCGGUGCCCCAUCAUGUGCAACCCGGCCGAGUGCCCCGCCCCGCACGCCGGGCCCCUCAUCACCGCCAUGAUGUGCAAGGCCCGCUGCUGCAUGUGCGGCCUCCUCGGCCACGCUGGCCGGGACUGCCACCUCAAGACGUGCCGCUGCGGCGGCCACCACCUGACCAUCGACCACAUGCCCAUGGACCGCCAGUGCGCCGUCGUCGACUGCCCGCGCUUCUUCUGCACGAUGCACUGCCAGGCCUGCCGCGCCGACGUGCCCAAGCGUAAAGGAACCAGCGACGACGUCUGCCAGCAGUGCCAUACCAAACGCCAACACUGGUUCCCCCCGCCAAAGGCACGAGUGAACGACGACGUCGAGCCCAACUACGAGUACCUGGAGGCAACUCUGGCGUGGGGCAACAGCAUAUACGGCCAGGCCAUCUUCGGCAAAAAGGUCGAGUUCAAGCCAUAAGCAUACAUCGGUCUAGCCAGGUCUUGUUUGUUUGCAAUCCCGUU